AGUAAUUCUGUGACAUGUACACAUCUAGGUGCAGUUUAGGGACAUAUUAUAUACUAAUGGCCAACCUGCAGGCCAAAGCGAAGUGGUCAAUUGAUGACCAGGUUGGCUUCUUUAAGUUCUGUGACUCAUUGCCAGAGAAAGCAGAUGCCACAUACAGGGUAUUUGAUCACGGUGAAUUUUACUCUUCUCACAGCAAAGAUGCAGACCUGGCAGCAAAGCAUAUCUUUAAGUCUUCAACUGCUGUAAAAGAACUUGGAAAAAAAGAUGCUAAAGUUCCCACUGUAUUUCUAAGUCAACUAAAUUUUGAAUCGCUUGCAAGAGAUCUUUUGUUGGUGAUGCAAUAUCGCCUUGAGGUGUAUCGACAGUUGUCCAAUCGUAAAUGGGAACUCGCAUACAAAGCUUCACCUGGCAACCUCAACGAGGUUGAAGAUAUCCUGUUCAAAAAUGUUGACAUUGGAGACCAGACAUCAUCUGCAGUUAUCAGUGUUAAGUACACACUUGCUGCCGGUGGCCAAAGUACAGUAGGUCUUGCGUAUGUUGACACUAGAUCAUGCGAGGUAAUGUACGCAGAGUUCUCCGAUAAUGAUCAUUUCUCCAAUCUCGAAUCUGCUAUUAUACAGCUGGGUCCUAAGGAAUGCAUUGUGCCAAAACUGGACACCUCCCAUGAAGCAUCCAAACUUAGCGAAGUUAUCAAACGAAGUGGGUUGUUAAUUACAGAACGACCAAAGUCAGACUUUAGCACAAAAGACUUGGCACAGGAUUUGAAACGAUUAAUAAAAACUAAAAAAAAGCAGUCUGACCAAGAUGAAGUUCCAGUAGGAGCAUCAUGGACAUCAGAUCAUCCCCUUGCAUCCUCUUCACUUUCCUCCCUCAUCCGAUACCUGGAGCUCAUGAGCAAGGAGGAAAAUUUCGGGGAAUUCAGGAUCCGAAAAUUCGAACUUUCCCAAUACAUGAAGUUGGACAGUGCGGCGUAUUCUGCGCUUAAUUUGUUCCCAGAGCGCACCGCACAGGGAGUUGCACAGAACUCUAAACCAGUUGAUUCAUUAUAUGGCUUACUGAACUAUUGUCAGACAGUACAGGGCCAGAGGCUUCUCUCACGGUGGAUUAAACAACCUCUUAUUGAUGUCAACAUCCUGGAAGAGAGGUUGAGCAUCGUAGAGGCUUUCGUAGAUUGCUCCGAACUAAGAAGAUCAUUAGUCGACGAACAUCUUAAAAAACUUCCUGAUUUUGACAGGCUUUCUAAAAAAUUCCACCGCAAAAAAGCAACUUUGCAAGAUUCCUAUCGUGUUUAUCAGGCCAUAAAACAGAUGCCAUAUGUCUGUGAAAGCAUAGGCAGACACGCAGAAGCGUUGGAAAACAAUUACAACUUGCUACGUGAAACUUUUCUUAACCCAAUUCACCAACUAUCUUUGGAUUUUGAGAAAUUUACAGAAAUGUUGGAGACAACACUCGAUUUUAAACUGAUUGAGAAGCAUGAGUUUAUGGUUAAAUGCGACUUUGAUCCUGAAUUGAAGCGACUCCGUGUGAAAAUGGACGACAUAGAAGAAGAAAUGAAUGAAAGUUUCACUCAAGCUGCCGAUCAACUUGGUUUGGAAAAAGGAAAAUCAAUAAAGCUUGAACUCGCCCCACAGUUCGGCUACGUGUUCCGCGUCACUUGUAAAGAAGAGAAAUCCCUUCGACAGAAUAAAAAAUUCACGACUCUUGAUACGAACAAAGCUGGAGUAAGGUUCGUCAAUACACAACUACAGCAGCUCAGCGACGACUACCAGGACUGUCGAGCCGCGUAUGAGGCACAGCAGGACGCUGUUGUCAUGGAGAUUAUGACGAUAGCAUGCGGGUAUGCUGAACCUAUGCGAUCGCUGGGUGACGUCAUUGCAAAACUGGAUGUAUUGUUGUCAUUUGCCCAGGCUGCAGUCACCGCUCCUACUCCGUACGUUCGUCCCGUUCUUCAGCCGCUUGGAACUGGUUCGAACCUGAUUAAACUGGACCAGUGCAGGCAUCCAUGCGUGGAGAGGCAGGACGACGUGUCAUUUAUUCCUAACGAUUUGCUGCUGAAAAAAAACGAACACAACUUUAUUAUUGUAACAGGUCCUAACAUGGGGGGAAAAUCGACAUACAUUCGUCAAAUAGGAGUCGCUGUUCUAAUGGCGCAGAUCGGUUGUUUUGUUCCGUGUGGUGGCGCUACAGUGACGCUGGUCGAUGCAAUCUUAGCCCGUGUCGGCGCCGGUGAUUGCCAGGCGCAAGGUGUAUCCACUUUCAUGGCAGAAAUGUUGGAAACCUCGUCCAUUCUACGUUCUGCGACGUCCAAUUCCCUCAUAAUCAUUGAUGAACUCGGUCGUGGGACGUCAACUUAUGAUGGUUUUGGCCUCGCAUGGGCUAUUUCCCGCCACGUGGCACUAGAGAUCAGAGCUGCUUGCCUCUUUGCAACACACUUUCACGAGAUGACGUCACUGGCAGAUGAGGUGACGUCAGCGGUGAAUUACCACGUCACAGCUCUGACGUCAUCAAACGAAAACGUCGAUUCCCAUAUAACGAUGUUGUACCAAGUUAAACCAGGUUCAUGCGACAAGAGCUUUGGUAUCCACGUAGCAGAAUGUGUGGAUUUCCCUCUUUCAGUUAUAAACGCCGCCAAGCGUAAGGCGGCAGAAUUAGAGGAUUGUUACGUCACUGAUACGUCAAAGGAGGACGACGACGGAAGAAAAAGGAGAAAAACAAAAUCGGACGGUGAAGAAAUUGUGCGAGAUUUCCUGCGUGCAGUGAAGCGUGAACAGUGGAACAAACUUUCGGAGUCCGAAGCUUGCGCGAAGUUUUCCGAACUCAAACGCACAGUUGCUUCUUCUGACAACGAAUACGUAGCAGGCAUUCUUCGAGGCCUGGAAGCUCAGACUUAGUUCAGUUUCUUCAUAUAUCUAAACAGUUCUUUGCUGCCAUACAAAAUCCCGGUUUUAAAAUCCUUUUCUUCGUUUUGUUCUUUUCGCUGUAUUUUACAAUCUAAACACUGCCGUUUUCUAUACUUCUGUUUCCCAUCGGUUUAUAUACUGUACUGCUGUUUGGCGCAAUAAACUCCACGACGAUUUA